AUGUCAAAUAACACAAUAUCUCCAAAACCCUAUGAUGAGCUUAUGGCUCGAUACAAAGAUUAUAUCACUGCAUUUGAUUCAAUAUACAAGCUAAAUUCAAACGAGAAAAACGAGAUAUCAAAAGUUUAUAAACUUAUCAAAACGAAUUUAAUUGAAACGAAGAUAAUCAUGCCAGACCAGAUGAUCAAUAUCAUUAGUGAGGCAUCCAAUAAUAAUCUGCGAUAUUUAAAUGGUUAUUUAGCGAUUUGCAAACUUAUUUACGACGAAUAUCAUCCUCAAAAUAUCGUACGUAUUUCCAAAUUCUUCGAUUAUUUCGCACACAAAGAAUACGGAAUCUUUUUCGACGAAAAAAAUAAAUAUAAAGUAAAAAAGUUUGAAAUUGACCGAUUAACUAAAGCCAUUUUGAAUGAUGACCAGAAAGCAUUGAUGCACAUUACUCAAAGUAAGAACUUUAAUGUCAAACAAAAAAUUAAAAACGUAUUUGAGCAUUCUUCAUAUAUCGAGUAUUCCUUACUUGAAUUAUGCUGUUUUCAUGGCUCUGUUAACUGUUUCAACUAUUUAACAUCAACAUACAACUCAAAAAUCACCAGCCAUUGUCUUGCUUAUUCAUUUUUACACGACAACAAUGAAAUAAGGGAAGAAUGCAUGAAAGCGAAGAAACCGAACUGGGGAUGCAUGAUGAACGCCUUAGUUUCACACCACAACGAUUAUGUUCUUUUAUUAUUGAAGGAUAAAGAGUUUAAAAUUAAUUUAGAAACAUGUGUAAAUCACAACAAUCUUCAAGCAUUUUUAAUUUAUUUGGAUCAAACAAAUGAAAUGGGUGAAUGUUUUCAGUAUUCAGGAGGUUUUAAUCUUCCUGGUCUUUGCGAAUAUUUCCUUUCACAUGGUGUUAGUGUUAAUAAUCAAGAUGAAAACGUGAAAAUGUCUAUUUAUCAUGCUGCUUACCAUGGAUGUUAUGAUUCAUUGAAAUAUCUCAUCUCUCGUGGUAUAAAUGUUCGCGAUGUUAAACCGAAAUAUGGCCCGAAUCCUUUGAAUGUUGCUGUAAGAUCAGGAAGCAUCGAAACAGCUGAACUUCUCAUUAAAAAUGGAGUUGAAGUGAAUUCAAUUGACUCUUAUAAUGUUGGUCCUCUUUGUUAUGCAAUUGAAAAUGGAAGAGUUGACAUGGUUAGAAUGCUUAUUGCUCAUGGUGCUGAACCUUUUAAUAGAAAGAUCUAUUUCGAGGCUUGUUUGACUCAAGCUGUGCGUGAAUCAUCAUUAGAAGUUGUCGAAUUUCUUCUUUCUUUAGGUGCAAGUAUUUUGGAAGGAGAUGACAAUGAAUUUACGCCAUUUAUUACUUCAUUUGCUUACAAUAGAAAGGAUAUGGCUUAUUCUAUGUUGUUCUACAAAUCAAACGUCUUGACAUAUUGUUAUGGUUUAAUUGUAAUGCUUAUUUUGUUUAUUUUGUUGAAAUUUAUGAAGAGAUAA